UGAUGCAGAAGCGGCGAAGUGAGAGGGAGCAGAGAGAGAGAGAGAGGGAGACGAGCGAGCUGAGACUUCCACAGAGGCAGCCGGGAGAAUUCACCAGCCAGGAUUUGCUUCUCUCUCUCUCCCUCUCUCUCUGAUUUCAAUUCAGCUCCUCCCCCGUGUGGUUGUGACUUUGCCUUCCAUCAAAAGCCUGAUCAGCAACGCCAAUCUUGGGAGACAGGGGAAAAAAAAAAAAAAAGAAAGAAAAAAAAAGAAAAAAAGAAAGAGGGGAAAAGGGGAAAAGUGCAAAAGAAGGAAAAGAAAACAAGGGUGAAAAAAGAAGGGGAAAGAAAGCAAUCUUCCCUACCCCCCGGCUUCAUCUAAUACAGCAGAGUCUGAAACUUUAUGGAGUUCUCGCUGUGUUUACCCCGCGGCGGGUGAAUCGGCAGCACCCUGCUCUCCUGCUCCUGCUCUCUCGUUCCUGCUCUUUCUCCCUCACACUCAUCAGCAGUCAGCAGCGAUGGAAAAAGUUGCUGGCUGGUAUCCAGCCUGGCACAUUGCUCUUCUGUACUGGACAUGGCUUUUCCUCCUCACUUUUGGCUUUACCGGUGCAGAAAUAACUUGCAGAUACUGCCAUUCCCAGGUGAAGCCGCAGCAGCAACAUCCGCAGCAGGGAUUAAUGCAUUUGAGGACCGACAGAGGAGAAAAAGAGCAGAGGAGGUUCCCCGGGGAGAAGGGAGGUGAGAGAGGGCAAGGGGCCGGGAUGGAGGCGGAGGAUGUCGGGCUGCCAGCGACCCUCGCUCCUGCUUCCGCGGGAGAGAAAUUCAGCGGCUGGGAGACCCGGCAAUUGACGAGGCAGCUGGAGAAAGUGGCCGGGGAGAGUCGGCCCCGAGCGGCGGCGGCUCCUGCCGAGGACCAUCCUCUCCGGGGACAUGGGUCCCCCCCUGCGGGCGCACGGCCGGGACCGGGCCGGCGGCGGCGGGGCCGCAGCCCUCGGGGCGCCGCGGGGCCGGGCGGCGCGGCGGGGCGGGAGCCGGGGGACUCCGGCGCCGCCCGCUUCGGGCUGGAGGAGCUGCGUCUGGGCAGCACCACCUUCGCCCUCGCCGGCGACUCGGCGCACAACCAAGCCAUGGUGCACUGGUCGGGGCACAACAGCAGCGUGAUUCUAAUUCUGACAAAGCUGUAUGACUACAACCUGGGAAGCAUCACAGAGAGCUCUCUUUGGAGGUCAACAGAUUAUGGGACAACAUAUGAGAAACUGAAUGAUAAAAUUGGCCUGAAGACUAUUUUGAGCUACUUGUAUGUUUGUCCAACAAACAAACGUAAGAUUAUGCUGCUGACUGAUCCAGAAGUUGAGAGCAGCUUAUUAAUCAGUUCUGAUGAAGGGGCCACCUAUCAAAAAUACCGUCUGAACUUCUACAUCCACAGUCUGCUUUUCCAUCCCAAGCAGGAAGAUUGGAUCUUAGCAUACAGCCAAGAUCAGAAGUUAUUCAGUUCAGUGGAAUUUGGCAGAAGAUGGCUACUUCUUCAUGAGGGAGUUGCACCAAACAGGUUCUACUGGUCUAUGAUGGGGUCCGGUAGAGAACCUGAUCUCGUGCACCUGGAGGCAAAGACAGUGGAUGGUCAUGCCCAAUACAUCACCUGCAAGAUGCAGAACUGCAGUGAAGCCACUCGCAGCAAACCCUUUCCAGGCUAUAUUGACCACAACUCCCUCAUCGUCCAGGAUGAUUAUGUCUUUGUUCAGUUAACAUCAGGAGGAAGACCACAUUAUUACGUUUCUUACAGGAGAAGUGCAUUUGCACAGAUGAAGCUGCCAAAGUAUGCCUUGCCCAAGGACAUGCAUGUUAUCAGCACAGAUGAGAAUCAGGUGUUUGCAGCUGUACAAGAGUGGAACCAGAACGACACGUACAAUCUGUAUAUCUCAGACACCCGAGGGGUGUACUUCACCCUGGCCUUGGAAAAUGUCAAGAGUAGUCAAGGGCUGGAGGGGAAUGUGAUGAUUGACCUCUAUGAGGUAGCAGGGAUAAAGGGAAUGUUCUUGGCUAACAAGAAGAUUGACAACCAAGUGAAAACUUUCAUCACCUACAAUAAAGGGAGAGACUGGAGUUUGUUGCAGGCACCAGACACCGAUCUGAGAGGAAACCCUGUUCACUGUCUCCUACCCUACUGCUCCCUUCAUCUUCACCUGAAGGUCUCAGAGAAUCCCUACACCUCAGGAAACAUCGCCAGCCGAGACACUGCCCCUAGUAUUAUCGUAGCUUCAGGUAAUAUAGGCACUGAACUAUCAGACACUGACAUCAGCAUGUUUGUUUCUUCUGAUGCUGGGAACACUUGGAGACAGAUCUUUGAGGAAGAGCACAGUGUUCUGUACCUGGACCAAGGUGGAGUACUGGUGGCCAUGAAACACACAUCUCUGCCUAUUAGACACCUCUGGUUAAGUUUUGAUGAAGGGAAAUCUUGGAGCAAGUACAGUUUCACAUCCCUCCCACUGUUUGUAGAUGGAGUUUUAGGGGAACCUGGGGAGGAAACUCUUAUCAUGACAGUGUUUGGACACUUUAGCCACCGCUCAGAGUGGCAGCUGGUGAAAGUAGACUACAAGUCCAUUUUUGAUCGGAGGUGUGCAGAAGAGGACUACAGGCCCUGGCAACUCCAUAGCCAGGGAGAAGCUUGCAUCAUGGGAGCAAAAAGGAUCUACAGGAAGCGCAAGUCGGAGAAGAAAUGCAUGCAAGGAAAAUAUGCUGGGGCUAUGACCUCAGAGCCAUGCGUGUGCACAGAGGCAGACUUUGACUGUGAUUAUGGAUAUGAACGUCACAGCAAUGGGCAGUGUUUACCAGCUUUCUGGUAUAACCCAUCUUCCUUGUCAAAAGACUGUAGCCUUGGACAGAGUUAUCUCAACAGCACUGGAUACCGGAAAGUUGUUUCUAAUAACUGCACGGAUGGUGUGAGGGAACGGUACACAGCAAAACCCCAGCAAUGUCCCAGCAAAGCCCCCCAGGGCCUUCGCAUACUCACAUCUGAUGGCAAACUGACAGCUGAGCAGGGACACAACGUCACUUUCCUGGUGCAGCUGGAAGAGGGAGACCUUCAGAGAUCCCUCAUUCAGGUGGAUUUUGGAGAUGGCAUCGCUGUGUCAUAUGCCAAUCUCAGCUCAACAGAAGAUGGGAUCAAGCAUAUUUACCAGAAUGUGGGCAUAUUCAGAGUGACUGUGCUGGUGGAAAACAGUCUGGGAUCUGACAAUGCUGUCCUCUACCUACAUGUUACAUGCCCCUUGGAACAUGUUCACUUAUCUCUGCCAUUUGUCACCACAAAGAACAAGGAGGUCAAUGCCACGACAGUGCUGUGGCCAAGCCAAGUGGGAACACUUACUUACGUCUGGUGGUUUGGGAACAACACGGAGCCACUGAUCACAUUGGAAGGGAGCAUCACAUUCACAUUUUCUGUGGAAGGGAUGAACACCAUCACCGUUCAGGUCUCAGCAGGAAACACCAUCCUUCAGGACACAAAGACUAUAGCUGUGUAUGAGCAAUUUCAGUCCCUGCGCUUAUCAUUCUCUCCGAACCUCGAUGACUACAAUCCAGAUAUCCCUGAGUGGAGAAGGGACAUCAGUAGAGUAGUCAAGAGAGUACUGGUGGAGGCAACAGGUAUUUCAAGCAAGCAUAUUCUGGUCUCAGUGCUCCCCGGUCUGCCCACAUCUGCUGAACUCUUCAUUUUACCUUAUCAAGAUGCCACCGAAGAAAAUAAAAGAACAGCAGCAGACCUAGAGCAGAUUUCAGAAACACUGAUCCAGAAGCUGAACCAAAACCUGGUCCAUUUUGAGUUGAAGCCAGGGGUUCAAAUCCUUGUCCAUGCUGCUCAUUUAACAUCAGCUCCCCUGGUGGACCUGACUCCCAGUCACAGUGGUUCAGCUAUGCUGAUGCUCCUCUCUGUCGUUUUUGUGGGACUAGCUGUGUUUGUAAUCUAUAAAUUCAAAAGGAAGAUUCCUGGCCUUAAUAGAUAUGCACAGAUGCAGAAUGAAAAAGAUCAAGAGAUGGUCAGUCCAGUCAGUCAGAGGGAAAGCAUACCUAAUGUCCCUCAAAGUGAGCUGAUGAGCCCUCAGCAACUAGUAGAUGAGAAGUUGGAAGCCCAGCCCAUAGAGCAACCCCAGGCCACAGUCCAGAACCCAAGGAAAGGAAAUGCAACCAAGGUAGUCUGGACAGAGGACUUCCAAAAGGCUUGUGGAUCACCAAGAGGUUUCAAGCCAAGACCCGGAGCGGAAGUAUUUCCACGGCUGCUGAGCCCCAGAGCACAAAAGAAAUCCCUACCUAUGUAAAUGGUUGAAUUGACAACACUGAUAUGUAUCUGUAUCUAAAAAAAGAGGAGAUCUCACUGCAUUUGGACUUUUAAAUUCUUCAGAUGACAAAGGGUUUUUAGCUUUAAGCCUGUGCAUGUGGACAUUAUACUGAGACCAUAGUGGAACUGCAUUGUACAGGUGUUCAAUUUUAGUGGGGGUGGGGGGAGAGGAACUGGUACCACUAUUCACUCCUGCAGCCCUUCCCCUCACCCCUCCACUCUCUCUUUUUUUUUUUCUGAUGUCUCUAAUUUGUAGAAAAUUCAUAAUGAUAUAGGCCAAGAAUAUGCAUGGGGGUCUCUUCUUUUGGGAGAGGGGUGGGCUGGGAUGUGGGGGGGCAAGGGCUGGGGGGAGGUGGGAGGGGUUGUUCAGGGUUCUUGGCUUUAGAUUUAACUGCUCUUUUAGCACUUUGGGCUGCAGGAGGGCUAGCUGCCCUAGCAGACUUUCAUAGGACACACAAGAAAUCACACUGGAGUUUCAAGGCACUGAAAAUAUUCUUGGUCAGUCUGGAUUAUGUCUUUCUUUGGACUCUGCCCUUCGUUCCUCUAUCUGCAGCUGCUGCCUGUGCCCACAGCUGUGAGGCUGAGUGCGAGUGUGGGCAAUCCCAACCGCAAAGCCAGGCUCUUUCUUAAACAGCUUUUUUAGCCUACUCACACCAAGGCCUCCCUCUGAUAGCACUGUUGAAAGAUAACUUCUUGCCUCCUAACCUUGGAUGGAACAGAACUAGCAUGCAUUACAGGUGAGGAGGUCUGUCCAUACUGCACUUGUUGGAGGUUAUUGCCAGCAUGAACUUACACUGUACUUUGUACCAGCCUUACACCUUCAGUUUUAGCUAAGAGAAAGCCCUAGUGACACCCUCAGAUGCAUUUAAUGCUGAUGUUUGGAUUUGUCUGGGGAAGUCCCAGUAGACCUCUGCCUUUUGGGAGUCAACCCAAGGUCUGUUAACUUUUUGAAAGAAACCUCGUCCAUUGAAUAGGAAGCAGGGAAAGGUCUAUGCGCAGUUUCCUAUGGCCCUCUUGGCAACCCCCACUUGGUUGUAGAUCUGCAAACUCCUGCCACUCCUGCAGAGGAGGAGGAAUAGAGGAGGAUUUAGCUUGGGAUUGUUGCCAUGCGUUUUGAACCACAGCACCACUCUUGGACUAGAUCUGAUUUCUUACCAAUAACAGAAGCUUGCAUUUUACACUGCAACUAGAAAUGAGGCUGCAGAACAUGUUCAUGUAGACUAUGCAAGGGAACAGCGGGAAAGCAGGCUUAGCAUACCUCGAACAAGUCCUCCCAAGUCACUGGAUAUCUGGCUGAAGCCUAACUUGUGGUUACUACAGCUGUUGAUUUCCCACCCAAUUCAGGUAAACCUGACACCAGAUUUUGUUUUGAAGUGCAAAGAAAGAAAGACCGUAACCAAUAUAUAUUUAGUAAACUGCACCAGGCGAAGGCAAAUAGAGGCCAGUUCAAAAUCAGUGUAGCGCACUGAGGAGGCACCCUGAUUCCUGACAUGAGUGGGUUCUGUUCAAUAGACAUUGCACAAGGCAGCCUGAGUCAAAACCAGGAGAUAGCAGCAUUGUUGUCAUUGCCUGGAGUCCUGGGGCGGGCGUUUGGUGCUGGUGGUGGGUUUGAAUUUCUGUUACAAAUUAAGCACAAGCCCAAAUCAACCUACUUGCUGGCAAAGAAAAGAAGUGAUACCAAGUGUAAGAACAUUAGACCCGUAGUAGUUAAAUGAUAAUCACAGUAAGUCCUCUGCCUCUUUCUGUAGUUUCUCUGAAGACACCAGAAACACAGGAGUUUGUAUGGCUUUGCUAUUGUCCUUGCAACUACAGCUUUAAGAAAGAUGGGAAAGUUUUGGCAGCCACUGUAUAAUAUUCCCCACUGAAGUCCAACAUUAGCCAACUUAUUUUUAUAGUAAGCCAAUCAAAAAGUUUUCUUAGUGUUGGAACUAUUUCUAAUUUUAAAAUUACUUUUUUGAUGUACUUUUUCAUCUUCUGUUUCCCUUUCCUUAAAUACAAUGUAGCGUAAUGUAUAAUUGCUAUUGUUUAUUGCUUUUACAGUCAUAUUUAUUAAACAGAUUAUGUCUCUAAA